GCCCUCGCUGCACACAUUUGCUGCAGUACUCUUAGUUGGCAGGCACAGAAAAGCAGCACAAAGAGGCCAGACCAUAGUAACUACACGAUCAGCCUGUCUCCCACAGCUUUUACUUUGCCUUCAUUUUUCCUUUUGUCAUUGAUUUUGCACUUUAUGCAGUGUGUGUAAUAGCAAAUACAUGUUGGGGUACACCUGGCGGUGUGUCCAAAGAGGGGAAGAUUGCUUCGCGGGCAUUGUUUUGCCAGGUUUGAGAUGGAAACAGCAAAAGAACCACAGAAGAAAGUCUUUAAAGCUCGCAAAACAAUGAAAGCAAGUGACCGCCAACAGUUAGAAGCUGUACAGAAAGCUAAAGAGGACCUGCUUAAACCUACAGAGAUAAAGCUGGUUAAUGGAAUCCAUGAAAAUGGUGAUUUAGAUAUGAAUUAUACAAACAAUGAUAAAGAACCCAUGGAGGACACACAGAAUCUAAAUGGCAUUCUAGAUAUGAACAAUGAUCCUCACGAGGUUCCAGUUGUGAAACUGUGUGACCUAGAAGAAGGUUUUAAACCUGUUGACCAAACCAGUGACUUAAGGAUGACACUUGAUCUUGAACUUAAUGAAAGUACUGUAUGUCAAGACGAUAGUAGUAAAAUUGAGCCUACUGAGGCUGCUGUUCAAGCCUGCCCAACUAAAGAUGAUGAAGUGGUUCCUCAUGGAAGCGUAGAACAAAGUGAUUCAAGUGGACUGUUUCUGGAGGAUCUCGCUUGUGAGCCUGAAUUUUCACAGAAACAAACCCAGUCAAACAUUCCCAAUGAGGUGGAAAGUUGCAGCAUUUUAGAGGAGGAAAGUAAGUUGGAAGAUGAAAAUCCUGUGGAGGAUUCUAAUGUCCAAGAAUUGGAAAAUGAAGAUAUGGAUGUUAUUUCAGAGGAUCCUACUGCUAAUGCAGAUAGUGAAAUGGAAGACGGUAAUAUUAUUAAAGAACCUGUUGAUCCAGAGCCUGUAGAUUCUGUUGAUGUUGGAGAAAAAGAUGAUCUAUCUGAGGAGCAGGAAAUUGAAGCCAGCAAUGAGGACCUACACAGUGAAAUACAGAAUGUAGCGGAAACUGAAAACCAUACUGAAGAGCAGGAGAGAACCGAGCCUGUAAAUGAGUCGCAUGAUACUAAUGUUUUACCAGAUAUCAGUGUGUCUGAUAAUGGAUCCCCUUCACAGGCUAAUAAGGAAACUUCAGAGACCGAGGGAGAGCAACAAGAUAUUGGGGAUGAGGCUAUAUCAAGCAGCAUGGAGGUUGACCAUAACUUGAAAAAUCUAGAGCAAAAUAUUUCUUUACCUGCAGAAGCUCCAAUUGAUAAAUCUCUGUCAGAAAUAGAGACUGGCUCUGUUUUAGAAAAUACUGAUGAGAUGGAAACUGAUGAGAUUAUUCCCAUUCUUGAAAAGCUUGCACCAGUGGAAGAUGAACUUCAGUGUGUUUCAGAGGAAAAAGCAGAUGUUGCAACUGUUCCUAAUAAAGAAGAAGAAAAAAGUGAAAACAUUGCAGUUUCUCCAACUAAGAACGAUACAAAUGAGACUCUGCCAAGUGAAGCGUUUUUAGUGCUUUCAGAUGAAGAAGAACCCUGUGGUGAGAGCACGCCACUGAAAGGAAACGUGUUAACUGAUCAAGAUGAUGUGAAAGAAGUUAUUGAAGAGACAGAGGAAAGAACUAAAAAUGAACAGAAAGAGCCAGAGAAUAAAGAAGAACCACAAGCGGAGAAAAGUGAACUUUGCCGCCGGAAGCGUUCUAAGUCUGAAGAUUUGGACAGCCAGAGCUCAAAGAGGAGGCGGUUUGAGGGUGAAGAGUAUGAGGCAGAACUAAAGGUUAAAAUCACAGCUGGUGAUAAUCUGAAUGAGAAACUGCAGAAGGUGAUCCAGAGAAUGUUUGAAGAAAAGCUCAGUGCAUUGCAGUGUUUGGACUUUGACAAAGCAUUAGCUGACCUGAAAUCAAGAGUGGAGAAAAUUCAAUGUAAGAAACAUGAGACUGCUCUGCAAACCAUGCAGGCUAAAAUUACUCGUUUAACAAAGCGCUUUGGGGCAGCGAAGGAGGACCUAAAGAAGAGACCUGAGCAGACCACAGCCAACCAGCCUGCAUCACCAGUGAAAUGUACAGUAAAUGAUUCUGCUCAAAACGCUAAUACAGCAAAUAUCAGAAAUGCUGGCACAGUGAGGCAAAUGUUGGAAACAAAGCGAAGUGUGGGAGAUACUGGCAUAGUAAAUGUCCCAUCUUCACCUACAGCUGUGACUUCUGCACCAAGCACACCUAAUUUAACCCUUCGCACGUCAAGCACCACACAGAUGCCCAUGAACCAGUCUCCUGCCAGUAACGCACUACAAAUGCGGCCACCACCUGAUUGGAAAUUAAUUCAGCAGAAAAUUAAUGCUUCCACUAUUGGAGCAUCUCAAAGUACUCUGAGCAGUCAAUCCAAACCUAUACCACCAGUUACUACGGCCCCAGUUUUGACUCCAGUCCUUUCUGCUUCUACUACUGCAACUGUUGUUGGAAACAGCCAGGUGUCUACUAGCAACACCCAGCCAGUGUCCAUGUCUCUUCAGUCUUUGCCCGUCAUUCUCCAUGUUCCAGUUGCAGUACCUUCUCAGACACAGCUCUUACAAGGCACAACAGGAACAUUGGUGACCAAUCAUCAAUCUGGCAAUGUGGAGUUUAUCCAAGUACAAAAUCAGCCCACAGUCAGUAAUCUUACAAAAACCCCUGUGUCUCUACCUGUUACUAAAGCAAUGAACAGCCCUUCAAUGUCCAGCUCGGGCAUCCAGCGCAAUUCUUCAGCUAAUUCAAUGAAUUCUCCAAUGACUGUGCAGGCUAUGCCAACACAUUCACUUAAUUUAUCCUCGAGGCAAUCCCUGCCAAAUGUUGGAACGUCUGGUGCAUACAAUCAAGCAAGUAAUCGAAAUACGACGCCGUUAAAAUCUCCAGUGUCUGCAUUUAGCACCACCACCACAAGUGACUCGCCCUCUGGAGGUAGAUCAGAAUUACAGAUUAAUCGGACACCAACAGCAGAGACUGCUUCAAACAAGCGUUGCUUAACAGAUGGUACUGCACAGGCCGGCAAAGGUGCAACUGGUGUUAUUGACCUUACACUGGAUGAUGAAGAUGCUCAAAUGUCCACUCGUGUAGAUUCAAGAAGGAGCAAUGCUCCAUCUAUACCAACAAGUACACAAUCAUCGCAGCCGAUGGGUCGCCAGCUCCAGCAGGCAAACACUGUGCAGACCUCAUCUGCUUCUGCUGGGCUGCCAUCUCAAGCCACUAUACAUGUUUUACCAACAGCCCAGACAACUGUUAAUAUAACACAACGGCCAGGAACCCAGACUACACCAAGAGCUGCAGCUCCUCGAGCAUCAAGCAACCCACAUAUGGUUUACACUACAACUGCCCUCCCAACAGUACCUUCACAGACUCCUAUACGCAACACAGUCAUGCAGAGCCAAAACCUGCGGCAGAUCAGUCCGCAAACUGGAGGAGUGUCUGUAAGAAUGCCACAAACUGCUGCAUAUGUAGUAAAUAAUGGGAUGCCUAUCAGUUCUACUGGACCACAACUCACAGUUCAUCAUCGACCUCCACAAGAACCUGCAAGGCCAAUCCACCCAGCCCCGCUUCCUGAAGCUCCUCAGCCCCAGCGACUUCCACCUGAAGCUGCUUCAACAUCUCUUCCUCAGAAACCUCAUCUGAAAUUAGCCAGAGUACAAAGCCAAAAUGGAAUUGUUCUAUCCUGGAGUGUAUUAGAGGUAGACCGUACCUGUGCCAUUGUAGAUAGCUACCACCUGUAUGCUUAUCAUGAAGACCCAACUGCAACAUCUCCAUCACAGUGGAAAAAAAUUGGUGAAGUGAAAGCGCUACCUCUUCCAAUGGCAUGUACUCUUACACAGUUUGUUUCAGGCAGCAAAUACUAUUUUGCUGUUCGGGCAAAGGACAUUUAUGGCCGCUUUGGACCUUUUUGUGAUCCACAGUCAACAGAUGUCAUCUCUACUCAAAGCAGUUAGGAAGUAGUGGAAUUCUUCCUCUGAAGUUUUUUAUUAGAAAAGAUAUCCCGCAUGAAAUCUAUUUUAGAUGAAUUACUGGGUUUUCAUAAUGGAAACCAUGUACAGCACUUGUCUAUUGUCACAAAUUAGCUUGCAUUUCUGCCAAGAACUUUUGAAAUGUCUUUUUGUUAAGACCAAUCUUCUGCAGAAUGUGAAUUGAUUUGAAAUGGUUUCUUUGACUUCACUAAUCCUGAGUGUUUGCGUAUCAGUAGGCCAAAACCAAGCCACUUGACUGAAAUGGAGAUGACUAGCAGCUAUUGUGAAAGCUGUGUGCCAGAAACUAUUGACAGAAAUUGGAAUGUCUUGCUUUGAUACUUGGGAAUGUGUAGCUCCUAAAAUAACGAGUAUUACAGAGGAAAUCCAGUGUUUUGUGAUUUAUUCAUAUACAAAGGCAAAACUUUUAUUUAAUCCCCACUGGCUGGGGACACCGAUCAGUUGUUUGUGACACAUAAUAUGGAUUAACAAGCUAAUGUCUUGUGUUUAUUUUCUUUUUUUAUACCUUUAUGUGAACUUUUUCUUUUGUGCCUUAACUUGAAAAAGGACUGUGUUUCAGUAUUUGGUCUCUAUCCCAUCCAUCCCUUUAUUGGUCUAUUACAUUCUCCCAUAUCCCAAUGCCAAAGAGCAGUUGUUUUAAAACUCAAAAUGUUUUUAUUUUU